AUGAAUCACGAGCUGACCGAUCCUGAAGCAACUCAAACAGAUGCCGAUGCUGAGGGUCUUCCUCACCAUCCGCGCCCGCUUGUUCGCAACAGCACAAAGAGAACUGUCUCUGAAACAAUGGCCAAGAGAAAGGAAUUUUGCCGUUCAGUCUCUGGAGCGGUCGAGGAUCUCGAACGCAAGAUCCAAUACAUUAACGACGCGCUCGAUGACGACAACCUUGAGCACCGGCGGGCCAUUGAGAACACCUUAGGUCUGUUGAAGCUCCAGAUCGCGGGAUCUAUGGCAAGAUUUGAGAAUCGAGCUCCUGAGUGA